UUAUUUUAUCUACUGAUUAAAUAUAAAAAUACUUUGGUGAACAUUUUUUUUUCACUUCAAACUACUUGAGUAGUUUGACAUCAGAUUGACAAAACAGUAAUGGCUUCUUUGCAAUAUUUUCAAUGACUUGUGUUAGACAUGUGUCAAAAGUCUAUCUGCUGGAAAACAAAAGCACUCUUUGGGCAAUUGUUAUCUCAUUGACUUCAACAAAUGUCAUUUUCUAUAGAGGCAUGGUGAUAUGAAUGAGGGGUGUGUAUGGGAGGCAAAACUUUUCAGGUUUUAAUUGAAUUCUUGGGACAAUUGAUAAGCUGAGUCCUUAUUUCAUUCUGAAAUGGUUUGCAGUUACUACAAUAAAUCGGAUUUUUUAAUUUGAGUAUUUCUUCUUAAAGAAGUGUACCAUUUUAUAACGACCUGUCUCGUGUUUACUAAUUAUAUGCAAUAUGCGAACUAUUAUCAUAUUGUUCACCCCAUGUUAUCAUUUUGUAUUCUGAGUUUGUAUAAUUUUCUUUCACCAUCAUCAAAUACAGUUUGUUAGACCUGUACCAAACAUGUUGUAGCCAUAUUUAUCACUCGUUGACCGACGGUCGAGGAAGGUCUGGAUAAAGUUGAUUUCGUCGACGCCGGUUUUGAGUCUUCGAAUGAUUCGUACGUAUUUCGCGUAAGACCACCGUCGUUUUGACAGUCCGGAAUGUCAAACCGGUGGUCGCGGUAUUCAGCGCGUCCCGUGCACUUUUAACGUCGGCGGCAAUGCGCGUUUAUCCACAUUUGGAAAUUUGGACGACAAUCCACUCUUUGACUUGAAGUAAACAGACUCGAUCACUUGGUUUCUUUAGGAUGUCUACCCGAAGAAGAAGUAGAGAACGUUCUAAAAAUGAUAAAACCACUCCGAAACUGCGCAUGGACACAAAACCCCAGACUCCGAGGAUUACAGAUCCGAGUCUUCCUGCGGGAAGAAGACGUGAGAUAGACAAUGUUAUGAAAAAGGCUAGAGCCAGAGCAUCAUCACCUUCAUCGAAUGCUUAUUGGGAUAAGAAGUUGUUGGAAGUAGAGGCAAAAGAUCCUAACAGGUGGCGCCACAGCGGCUACAAAUCCCUCUACUUGGGCGGCUCCUCUUCACCGUCACCAGGCAGAAGAAGCCAAAGCAGAUCCAGAUCCCCGUCUACCCGCAGAUCCCCGGCACGUUCCACGAUGGGCAGAAGGUCCCCGGCCAGCCGCAGGUCCCCGAGGUCCCCAGUCGCCCGCGGCCGAUCGCCCCGCUCGCCCGCACCCCGUCGACGUUCGCCCGCGUCGCCGCCCAGUCGCCGUUCCCCCGUCUCACGCCGAUCGCCGCCCGGCGGCUACAGAUCGCCGGUGGGGCGUAGGACGCCCGCCAGCCGCAGAUCGCCCGUGAGCCGCAGAUCGCCCGUGGGCCGCAGAUCGCCAGUCGGCCGCAGAUCGCCGGGUAGCGCGACCCGCCGUACCGGCCGCCCCAGGUCUCCGCCGCCAAAAUCCUCGGCAGCGUGGCGAUCCGCCUCGAAGAGCUCAAUCAGCAGCUGCUCGGACGAUUCGUGCUCCGUCUGCUCGCCGAAGAACCACCGUAGAGGGGCGAGAAGCAGAUCCAGAUCGUUUUCGGUACCGAGGACCAGGACCAAAGAACACGCAGCUAGGGCGCCGCCAGAGCCGAAGCAAAGGGCGCGACCGGCGAGACCGCCCUCCCCCUCGCCUGUGCCUCAAAGGCGCGCACCCAGGCCCAGUACUCCCCCUCCCCCCAGGAAAAUCCAGCGCGUGAGCUCGUCCGAGAGACCUACUGACCCUAGGAGGCAGCCUCCACCGCCGAGACCUCGCGGAAGGACUGGGGAAGUCAUCGAUGUGACCGGGGUGAAACCGCCACCCAAACCUGUGAAGAAGAUGGCCUCUACUGGCAAGGACAAGGGAAAACCUGUUUUGCUGACAAGGGUGAAGAAGGAAAAGAAGACCCGCAGACCUGGUUCACCAGGCGAUUCGUCCGAAUCAGAGGAUGAUAGCUCGAACUCAUCUGUAGCACAUAUCGUUGCCACAACCAGCCUGACUCUGUCGGAGAGGUUUGGCAAGAUAGCACAGUGGAGUGCGGACAGAGAGAGGAGGGAAAUGGAAAAUAUGCGAAUCACGAAAACGGGUGGGGACUUGAAGGUUAUGAUUGAGGAAGACGAUUUCCUGUACGGAAGCCCGCCGCCAAGGAGAUACAGCUUGUCUCCAGUACCCGCUGGACAUUACCCAGACGAGCUUCUAUCGUCUGGUCAGUCCAGAUUGGCAGCUUGGGAUGAUGUACGAGUGAGGUAUCAGUAUUACAAGGAUUUAGGGUAUUUAAGGGAUCUAACGUUAGAGGAUUACGUGAAAUGGGAAGAGUGGUGGUACAAAUACCAGGAUUGGCUCGCUAAUGAAAGGCAUUACGAGCACUGGGCGAGGAGUCAAUCUUCGCGCAGACGCAGAAAGAGGCUGCCCGCUUCGCAGAGGUUGAAUUGAGGUUAGGAAGUGAUUCGAAGUUGUUUCGAGAAAUGGAAAGAGGGUUAUUUCUUUAUUGAGGAGAUUGGCGAGAAGAAAUGUUAUUUGCUACUUAUUUAACUUGGAUAUAUAGUGUUCCUUGACGAAAUGUUUUUUUAAAAUUUGCAAUAAGCGGAGUAUUUUUUUCAGUACCUAUCGGAUAUUCUCAGUUUUUUUGUUUAUUAUUUUGUUAUUCUAUUUUUCUGUUAUUAUGCAUUCGAAGCAUAUUAACAGAAAAAUAUAGUGAAAUGAGCAAGAUUAUAUCGUGCAAAAAAUGGAUUAUAUAAGGUUGAGUUUAAAAAAGUGUCCCAAAAUUUAUCGACAUGGAUUCGAAAAUGUUGGGGAUAUUCAAAUGGGUAUGUGGAUAAUACUUUUAACGGUUUUUUUUCUACAAUAAACAAUAGUAGUGCCAUUAUGUCUUGGCUACAAAUUAUUCGAAUCGGCUGAAUCUAAAUUUGUGGAGUUCAGCCGACUGACAGAAAGGAGUACUACCUUUGUGAUAAUUAUAUUCAUAUUCUGUAAAUUUUUUAUUUCGGUAUACAUAACUUUAUGUAUUUAUGCUGUCCUUAUAAAUAUUGACUUUUGUAUGAAGUUGAAAUAAAAGUAUAUGGAAAGUUA